AUGAAGUUCUUCUGGAUAAUCCCAUUUUUCCUCCUGCAAGCCACGGCAGAGCAGGACAGGUACUUCCCUGCAGCCCUUGCCAGCACACACGUGUAUGACCACACAGCAGGCAACAUGACCCUUGCGCUGGGUAUAGGUCAAGAAGAGCUGGAGGAGCUGCUCUGGUUCUUCCGCAGAGAAGACCCGUCAACGUGGAAUUACUCCGUUCUUGCACUUUCCUUCGUGGCCUUGAUUUUGGGUCUUCUCCUCCUGGCCAUUAACAUUGUGCGAAACAGGAAAAGGAAGAUCCACGUGUAUAGAGAAGCAGUGCAAACCACCCAGCAGGCUGAGCUGGAGGCCAAGCAAGCCCUGAUGCCUGUGCAGGAGGAAUACAGCCCGGCUGAACUGCGAAAGCAGGAGCCGGUGCUCCAGGAUCAGAGAUCAGGAGAAGUGGUGGUCCACUGGAAGGACGGGACCGUCACGUCUCUGUACACAGAGAUCUGA